UGGCCGCGAUCGAAUAGAUAGGCAAUCCUCUCCAGGGCUGCACACCGAGCGUGCUAGAUACCGCUGUAAACACAAAGCUACGGACGAAAUCCCGACAGGCCUGCGGGAGCUGGAGUCACGUGAUCCGCCUGGGCACCUUCCUGUUGUAUGCCGGUUAAUUACCUGGCGGCGCCAAAAUGUCCGGGGUAAAGAGAACCAUGGAGGACAAUGAUCCCGACUACGAAGACAUAUCGGUGGUGCGGCAGAAUAAGCGGCACAAGGCCAUCGAGACCUCCGCGCGUGAUGCUGCCAUCUCAAAGAUAGAAUCCAUUGUUAAAGACCAGUUUACUCUGGAGUUGAAGAACAAGGAGCAUGAGAUUGAGAUCCUAGAUCAGCGUUUGACUGAAGCCAGACGUAUGAUGGAUAAGCUUCGUGCCUACAUUGUGGCCAAUUACUACGCCUCUGCAGGGGUCAGCAAAGUACAAGAGGGUACACCUUGUGAUCCUACAAUUUUGAACCAUCCAUCUAUAAAGAAGUUCUUGGAAUCUCCCUCUCGGGCUUCUUCUCCUGCAAACCACCGCUCGGAUACACCUUCUGCCAAUAAUUCCGAAACUGACUCAGUCUGCACCCAUAGUGAGUUGGAUAAAGACAGCCAAGUUCUGUCCAAAGCGGUGCAUAAAGGGACUCCUUCAACAGAUGGCAAGCUUGGAAAGGAUUCUGCUACAACUGAGAAUGUGAACAACAAAUCCAUUGGGUUCACAGGCUCUGAAGACAAAUCUCGGCAUUUUGUGAAGAAAACUAUUGUGGUGGGAAAUGUCUCAAAGUACAUUCCUCCAGACAAGCGGGAAGAAAAUGAUCAAUCUACUCACAAGUGGAUGGUUUAUGUGCGGGGGUCCAGAAAGGAACCGAGCAUUGAUCAUUUUGUGAAAAAGGUCUGGUUUUUUCUGCACCCUAGCUACAAGCCCAAUGACCUUGUGGAAGUUAGAGAGCCUCCUUUCCAUUUAACACGUAGAGGUUGGGGUGAAUUUCCUGUAAGAGUCCAGAUACAUUUUAAAGACAGCCAAAAUAAGCGGAUUGAUAUCAUUCACAACCUAAAGUUGGACAGAACGUACACUGGCUUGCAGACACUGGGUGCUGAAACGGUUGUUGAGGUUGACCUUCUUAGACACUCAAUUGGAGAAGAUUACCUCUAUUCACAGUCUUAUAGUGAAACUAGUCAGUCUGAAGGAUCCGUGCCUGGACCAACCACCAUAAAAUCAUCAUCACCGCACAAAGGUGCUCAUGAGUUAACCGAGAAAAGUUAUGGUGCACCAGAUUCCACAUUUUAUACUCAGCCCUCAUCGCUAGAGCGUACGCCAACCAAAUUGACCCAGAGAUUUACUAUAGGCGCACACGGCAGCACCGCUUUCCAGCCCAUCACUGCCAGCUGUAAGAUUGUGCCCCAGAGUCAAGCAACAAGCUUAGCUGAAUCGCCUGGAAAAUCUUUCCAGCCAAUUACAAUGAGCUGCAAAAUUGUGUCUGGCAGUCCUACAAGCAAGCACGCCAAUGUGUCUCAAGCCAGAACACGCUCACCUUUGCCUAAAAUUCAUGGCAGCACUUUCAUAACUCAAAACAUAAAGCAGGAGGAGUCUCUCUUUGCAGCAAUGCCUCCCCUUUGUCCCAUUGGAAGUCAUUCGAAGGCUCAGAGUCCAAAAACUGUGGCAGGAGGACUUGGUGCUUUCACAAAGGUCAUCAUUAAGCAGGAGCCCAUUGAAACUUCUCAACAACAGCAAGAAACGCCUUCAACUUCUCAGCCAUCUCUACAGCAGAUUGUUACUGUGAAGGGUAACCAAAUGAUUGCUGUUUCACCCCAAAAGACGCUAAAUACUGCAGAGGGCUCUAAGGUUGUUGGAAUUCCAGUUGGUUCUUCAGUCCAGACCUCCAUUAAACCAUCUGUAACUAUCAGUGGUGGCCAGAUACUUGUUGCCAAAUCCAGCUCUUCAGCUGCCAAAGCUGUCGGGGCAAAGCAGAUUGUUGCUCAAGGAGUAGCAAAAGCUGUUGUAAGCAGUGGAGGUGCCAAUGUGUUAUCCCAAGCCAUGCAAAACGCAUCUAAAACGCAAGGCGCAUCUGCUGUAACCACAAAAACUGGAUCCCAAGGCUCAGUUAUGGCAACCUUACAGUUGCCAUCAACAAAUUUAGGUAAUUUGGCAAAUCUCCCACCAGGAACCAAACUGUACCUAACAACUAACAGCAAGAAUACGUCUGGUAAAGGAAAACUGCUGCUUAUACCCCAAGGGGCAAUAUUGCGAGCUGCUAACACUGCCAAUCUCCAGUCAGGGGCAUCUACAAGUGGUGGUUCAGGCACAGGAAAUGCUUCUUCUGGAUUACCUCAGCACCUCACUUACACAUCCUAUAUUCUAAAACAGACUCCUCAGGGAACAUUUUUAGUUGGUCAGCCAUCAGGACAGGCAUCUGGAAAACAAGCCACUUCAAGCGCAGCAGCUCAAGGAAGUGCGGGAGCCUCGGCACAGGGACCGCAAACUUUGAAGAUAAGCUCAGGACAGAAAGGCACCAUUAUUUCUCAGGGAAACAGUAGUACACCUGGAUUGGUAAAAAUAUCAGAAAAUGUGCUAAAGUCUUUGCCAGUUACAUCUCAGACACAAAAGCCUGGUACUACACUACUAAGGGUUGCAGGUGGUGUUAUAACUGCGAGUACCACAUCAUUACCAUCCGUGUCUGCAAAUGGACCUGCGCAACAGGUUCCUGAAGGAUCAUGCACCUCUGUGCCACCUGCCACAUCAUCCAGUAAAACCCAUGUACAACAACCCUCUGGAACACAGAACACCAGCCAAGUGAAGUUGGUGGGAAGCAGUAAGUCUGGUACAUUGCCGGUGCCAGUACUCUCUUCAAGAGCUGCCCUAAGCCCUCUCCACAGCAAUGCUAUACUAACAGUUAAAUCAGAUCCUGACUCCAGUAACGCGUCUUUUCCCACUGGUUCUGCAGCAGUAAAAUUAGAAGAGAACGCUGGAUCGGAAUCCAGCUCUGUAAAGACAGAACAUCUCCAGAAUUUCAAGCAGCUGCUAACUGCAACUGUAAAGAAGGUUCCUCUUAUAGGAGAAAGAGAUGAGGAUGGGAGCAACCCAUUUUGUGCAAAUUCUCUGGAUCAAUACUAUAGUUGGAACAUUGGAAAAAGGAGAGCAUCUGAGUGGCAAAGGGCAAUUUCUAUGAAGAAGAUGCUACAAGAAAUCAUAGAAAAGCAAUCAAAAUUUAGUAAUUUCACUCCGCUAAAGACCAAGGAAAUUGUUCAUUGGUGUCGAAAUCACGGUUACACUCCCCCGGAUCCUGAGAAUGCCAAUGAUGAGCGGGAAUCCUUUGAAGAUGUGCUGACUCGUAUAGACAAUGAGGCAGCAUUACCCUCAUCCUAUUCCUCACCUGAAGCACUUUGUAGAAAAGUGGAAGAGCUAGAAAAAAUUCUCAAAAAAGAGAAAGAAGUGGAUGAAGACGUUGAUAUCCUCAGCAUAGGGGUAGAGCACAAACCUCAGAUUGAAAAGGAAAAUGAAGAGGGAGAUGGUGUCAAAUUUUACUUGACUCCAAACCUAUCGUGUGAAUUUGUAAGAGACGCAGCGCAAGAGAUUGGCGUUUCAUUACAGCCAGUGGAAGUACACAAAAAUGUGUAUGCCUCUCCGGUAGAAGAAAUGAUUUUAAAGGCAACAGAGCAGUUUGCCAGUGACGUGCUACGAGACGCUUUAGCUGUGGCCUAUCAGAUGACCUCUCGUAAACGAGCCCCAAGGGAGAUCAGCGUCGCCAACGUUCAUCAAGCAAUUUGUAAUAUUCCUUUAUUUGACUUCCUUACAAACAGGCACUUGGGGGCUUUACAUGUGGAUGACAGUGUACCAUUAAAAUAGAAUAUAACCCAACAACAAGCAAUAUUUUUGUAAGGUAGAGGUGUAUGUUCUUAUUUUUUUUGUUUUGUGCUACACAACAUAAUGGUCUACAACUCCCAUUUCCGUAUGUAUAUAUCUGAGCGCAUCUAUUCAAGAGGUAAAAUAAUAAACUAACUUUUCUGGUACCUUUCCUGACUACUGU